AGUUUGCAAGGAGCUGAAACAAUAAAGGGGGCCAGGAGGCAGCUUCGAGCAGGAGCCGCUUUCCAGAGCCUGUCUUUGAUGGGGAUUUGAUGGCUGACAGCUCACUGACCAGAGCUCCCACCCGAUCCCCUGCUGCCCUGCCUGCCCCCGGGGGCAGCUGUAAAAUCCCACCGGAUCCGAUCUGCUUUGGAUGGAGAACGUGGAGUGGCGUCAGAGUCUCAAUGUUCUGACUUGCUCUAAGAUGAAGGUAUGGAAGCUUGCAGCCCUUGCAUCGAUGCUCCUCAGCUCCAUGUUAUCCAUUUUAGUUUGUAGAGACAUGUUCAACGGAAGCCGGAAAUACAGCCCCUUGCCUUCCUCGCCGUCUUCCUCAUGGACAUCCUCCUCCUCUUCCUCCUCUUCCUCCUCCUCUUCCUUGCUGCUGGCGGCUCCGCGGAGAUCCCCACGGGCCCUGCAACGCCACAGCUCGCUGCUGGCCCAGUACAGCAGCUUGCUGGAGAGCUACACGGAGGGGGAGAUCCGGCAGCUGAUCUCGGCGCUGGUGGAGCGUUACAGCCAGGCUAUGAACUCGGGGGGCCACGAACUGCCUCUCUUCCCCAGGUCGGGCAGCCGCAGGAAGCGUGCCAGGGCACGCCACAAACCCUGCGCCCUGAAGGAGCUGGAGGUGAGCGUCAGCGAGCUGGGGCUGGGCUACGAAUCGGACGAGACGGUUCUGUUCCGCUACUGCAGCGGCACCUGCGACGCUGCCGUCCGCAGCUACGACCUCUCGCUCAAAAGCAUGAGGAGCAAGAAGAGGAUCAAGAAGGAGAAGGUCAGGGCUCGCCCCUGCUGCCGCCCGCUGGCUUACGACGAUGAUGUCUCCUUCCUGGACGCCUACAACCGCUACUACACCGUCAACGAGCUGUCGGCCAAGGAGUGCGGCUGCGUGUGAAGGGAGGAGGAGAUCCCACCGCGGAGAGGGUGGGAGAGGUGAUGCCCCCCCCCCCGGUCCCGACGUGCUGCUGGCCGCCAGGCAGAGGGACCAGGGGGUGCGGCGGGGAUAGGGGAGACCGACCCCAGACCUCUCUGGCUGGACGAGGAGAGACUGAGGAGCUGCUGCGCCCCUCAGCGUCACCGUCCCGCUCGCUGCGCAGGACCAGAGACGUGGCCGUCGGUGCCGGUGGAUGCUGCGGGGGUCGGAGCGGUGACAGCUGCUCACCGCUGUUGUCCCAACCCCCCCCCCACCCUGGGGGUGUCCCAGGGGUCCCUGUCAGCCCUCAAGGAGGGUGACAGUAGGCGUGCAACAC